AUGUUUGAGGAGAGAGAAGGAGAAGAGACGGAGCCGAUGCCUCUUCACUCCAUGACGUUCAAAUCGUCGCCGCUCGGUAGUGGUGAUUCAAGGAUUGGAAAUGGAUUAAAGAAGGGCUAUGGUGUUAAAAUGGAAAAAGAGUGGAGAAAAGGGCCUUGGAUUCCUGAAGAAGAUAAGCUUCUUUCAGAAUAUGUAAGUCAGAAUGGUGAAGGGAGGUGGAGUUCUGUAGCUAGGUGUGCAGGGCUGAAUAGGAAUGCAAAGAGUUGUAGACUAAGAUGGGUGAACUACUUGAGGCCUGGACUUAAAAGAGGCCACAUAACAGCACAAGAGGAAGGAAUUAUUAUCGAACUUCAUGCCCUUUGGGGGAACAAAUGGUCGACAAUAGCGAGAUACUUGCCAGGAAGAACGGAUAAUGAGAUCAAAAACUACUGGAGAACUCAUUUCAAGAAAAUAAGAAAGGCUUCUGAAAGGCAAGAAAGGAGAAAAAAUCUUCAGCAAACACAACAAAAACAAAAAGAAGAAAACUACGAGGAUAAGAAGGUGGAAGCCAUAAGCAAUGAAAGAGACCAGUUCGAGAAAAACGACGUCUUGAGGAGAAGCAUCACAUAUGCCCGAGGUAAUAAUGAGGAAGAAUUCGAGAAGGCAAGAGUACGGUGGAUGGAAACGGAGAGCGAGUGGAUUUCAUUGACUGAUGAAUUGAGAGUUGAUCUUGAGUCCAUCCGUCAAAGAUUGAGGAGAAGCAUCACAUAUGCCCGAGGUAAUAAUGAGGAAGAAUUCGAGAAGGAAAGAGUAGGGUGGAUGGAAAUGGAGAGCGAGUGGAUUUCAUUGACUGAUGAAUUAAGAAUUGAUCUCGAGUCCAUCCGUCAAAGAGCAUAA